UAAAACAAGAGCAUUUCCUUCUGUGUUUCUGAGAUUCUCUCACUUCGAAUCCCCUAUCUCUGCAUGUUUAUCUGCUGCAGCAUAUAUAUAUAUAUAGGUUCCACCCUCCACACCUUCUGCACAUAGAGCUGAGUGGCAAAGAACAGCAAAAUCAAGCAUGACUCAAGCUCAUUCAAAAUCUUACUUCCACCAAUUCUGGGAUGGACUUCAAAUCGAUGGGAGUAGUGACAACUUCUCCAUUGAGCUACUGCCAUCUCUUGGUGCAACUAUAAACCACUCCAAUAAGUUGAAGAAGUUCGUCAUUUCGCCCUAUGAUCCCCGCUACAGAUUUUGGGAGCUCUUCCUUAUAGUCCUAGUUAUUUACUCCGCCUGGGCUUGCCCAUUUGAACUAGCAUUCUUGAGGGACAUGCCCUCUAAGCUUAUGCUAGUUGAGAACAUUGUCAAUAGCUUUUUUGCCAUUGAUAUUGUUUUGACAUUCUUUGUAGCUUAUGUCGACAGAAAAACACAUCUUCUUGUGGACAAUCGGAAGAGAAUUGCAGUAAGAUACCUAUCAACUUGGUUCAUCUUUGAUGUAUGUUCAACAGCUCCAUUUCAACCGAUCAUCCUCCUAUUUACACACAAGGGAAAUGACCUUUCCUUUAAGAUACUUGAUAUGCUUAGGUUGUGGCGUCUUCACCGAGUUAGUACACUGUUUGCCAGGCUGGAGAAGGAUAUCCGAUUCAACUAUUUUUGGACUAGGUGCUCAAAGCUUAUUUCUGUCACCCUCUUUGCGGUGCAUUGCGCUGGAUGCUUCAACUAUAUGCUUGCUGACAGAUACCCCUACCCAGAGAAUACAUGGAUUGGUGCUGUGAUGCCUACAUUCAGAUCAGAGAGCUUAUGGACUAGAUAUGUUACUGCACUGUACUGGUCCAUUACAACACUGACAACAACGGGAUAUGGGGACCUACAUGCUGAGAACCCAAGAGAGAUGCUCUUUGAUAUUUUCUAUAUGCUCUUUAAUCUGGGAUUGACAGCUUAUCUCAUUGGCAAUAUGACCAACCUGGUUGUUCAUGGCACCAGCCGCACCCAGAUAUUUAGGGACUCAAUCCAUGCGGCUUCAGAGUUCGCAGCACGAAAUCAACUGCCUGUGAACAUUAAGCAGCAAAUGCUGUCUCACUUCUGCCUACAGUUCAAGACAGAAGGCUAUAACCAGCAAGCUCUGUUAAAUGGUCUCCCAAAAGGAAUCCGUUCGAACAUAGCAUACAGCUUAUUCUUACCAAUCAUGCGACGAGCCUACCUCUUCCAUGGAGUAUCCAACAGUUUCAUAGCAGAACUGGUCAUGGAAGUGCAGGUUGAGUAUUUUCCACCAAAGGAAGAUAUCAUACUGCAGAAUGAAGGGGCAGCAGAUGUUUACCUAAUAGUUUCAGGAGCAGUGAAUAUGAUAACAACCAUAAACGGGAACGAACAGGUGUAUGUGAAAGUUACAAAUGGUGAUAUGUUUGGAGAGGUUGGUGCUCUAUGUAACAUGCCCCAGCCGUUUACUUUCCGCACAGCUGAACUGUCACAACUCCUGAGAAUAAGCAGGACAAGACUUACAGAGGCCAUUCAAAAUCACAGGGAAGACUAUAACAUUCUAAUGAACAAUCUAUUCCAGAAACUGAAGCUACAGGAAAAUUUACCUGAAGGCAAUCAACCAGACCAAAGAUUCUUGAGCAAGCAUGGCGUCCUUCAUAUUCCUCGAGAAGAAUGGCUGUUCCCAUGGUCACACCUGCAUUACACUGAACAGAAAAGUAUAGAUUUCAGAAACAAGGUUCCAAUAUUUGGAGAUGGUACUGAUUCAACAAAGUUGUUUGGAGAAGCGUCACAGGUGGGAAACACCCAUAACAAGUCAAGUUGCAAGUGUAGGAUAUCAGAUGGAAUGAUGGACAAAGAAGAGGGUCUAAGUGAGGUUCACAUAAACUGUGAGACCAGAACAAGUGCUGAAGAGUUCUGCAUUAAAAUAAAUUCUGAAGACAAAAGUACAGCAAGCAGUCGGCAAACAAUACAUACAGCAACGCAGCCAGGUUCUCCCCACGGGACAUCCGAAAACAUAGCAAGGAGCAGAUAUCAAGAUUACAGCUGCAAAAAAGUAGCCAAUAAAAGAGUUACAAUUCAUAUAUACCCUCAUAAUACAACAGGUUCUACGGUACAGAAUGGGAAGCUUAUCAACCUGCCUGGUUCACUAGAGGAGCUUAUCGAAAUUGGCAGACAGAAGUUUCCAGAUUGCCAUCCUACAAAAGUGGUCAGUAGAGAUUACGCAGAAAUAGAUGACAUUGGUGUCAUCCGAGAUGGAGACCACAUAUUCUUUCUUCAGAUGUAAGGAAAUAUGCACAUACCAGCCUAACCAGACAACACAUAGAGCUUCAAGUGCUCCAAUCCAGACAAAAGUAAUGGGUACACAUCACAGCUUCCGACUGAAGAUAUAAAGAGGAAGGACAUUCUUACAAACAGUUUUGAUCAUUACUGACAUUAACAUCAUUCCAAUGCCUAUAAUUCACUAGUAGAAAA